AACAAAUCACUUCUAUAUCUGUUUUCCUGCAUUCAACUGUUUUUGUAAUAAAUAAUAUAUUCCUCAGAUUUUAAUUUAAUUUGUUUAGUGUUAAUCAGCUUCAAAAAACAGGACACUUUCUUAAUUUUUCAACAAGAGGUCUAAUUUACAAAAAAUGGAAAAUCUUGUAAAAAAUGAACAAGAAAGUCCCAAGCGCAAGAAGAGGAAGAUAGAAGACGAAGACGAAGACGGAGACAGAGAAGAAGAAGAAGAAGAAGAAGAAGAAGAAGAAGAAGAAGAAGUCCUGGAUAGCAUGGCUCUCUGGUUUACCAAUGACGAAGAAGAAGACGAAGACGGUGGCAGAGACGGAUUUAGUGACGAAUGCGAAACCGAAGACGAAGACGAUGACGAUGAAGAAGAAGUCGUGGAUAGCAUGGCUCUCUGGUUUACCAAUGACGAAGAAGAAGACGAAGACGGUGGCAGAGACGGAUUUAGUGACGAAUGCGAAACCGAAGACGAAGACGAUGACGAUGAAGAAGAAGUCGUGGAUAGAGAAAAAAAAAAACAGAAAGAUCCUAAAUGGUCAUCCCUAGAACACAAAGGGCCAGUGUUCGCCCCGCCAUACGAACGCCUUCCCGAAACCGUAAAAUUUUGGUAUAACGGCGAAGAAAUGCGCCUGUCGGAGGAAGCGGAAGAGGUGGCCUGUUUGUACGCCAAAAUGUUGGAUGACGAACACACAACAGAGGAGGUUUUCAACAAGAACUUUUUCGAAGACUGGCGCAAUGUCAUGACGGACGAGGAAAAAGGCAAAAUCACCGAAUUUGAAAAGUGCAACUUUAAGGAUAUGAAUACGCAUAUUAAAAGGGAAAAAACCGAUGAGGAAAAGUUGGCGCUAAAGGAGAAGAACGACGAGUUGUUGAAGGAGUACGGCUUCUGCAAAAUCGACGGGCGCAAGGAGAAGAUUGAAAACAAGAUAGAACCUCCAAGUUUGUUCAUAGGUAGAGGCGAGCAUCCCAAGAUGGGGAGGCUGAAGAAACGCGUGGAGGCUGAAGACAUCAUCAUCAAUUGCGGCAAGGAUUCCAAAAUACCCAAACCACCACCAGGUCACAAAUGGAAAGAGGUCCGUCACGACCAGUCGGUAAGUUGGCUAGCCUCGUGGAUCGGAAACGUCCAGAACAAAACUAAAUACAUUAAGUUGGACCCUAGUUCCAAAUUAAAGGGGGAAACAGACAAGCAAAAGUACGAGACGGCCCGCAAGCUGCACAAAAACAUCGAGAAAAUCCGCAAGGACUACCGCGACGACUGGAAGUCGAAGGAGAUGCGCAUCAGGCAGCGCGCAGUGGCUCUCUACUUUAUCGACAAGCUAGCUCUCAGGGCCGGUAACGAAAAGGACGAGGAUCAGGCGGACACGGUGGGUUGCUGCUCGUUGCGCGUGGAGCACAUCGAGCUGCACGAGCAGAAAGACGACAAGGAGCACGUGGUGGUGUUCGACUUCCUCGGUAAGGACUCGAUCAGGUACUACAACGAGGUGCCGGUGGAGAAGCGCGUCUUCAAGAACCUGCAGCUGUUCAUGGACAACAAGGCGCCCGGCGACGAUUUGUUCGAUAGACUCAACACCUCCAUCAUGAACAAGCAUUUAAACGAUCUGAUGGAGGGUCUGACCGCCAAGGUGUUCCGUACCUAUAACGCUUCGUGGACGCUGCAGCAGCAGUUGGACUUGCUGACGAACGAGGACGACACCGUCGCCGAGAAGAUUCUGUCGUACAACAGGGCGAACAGGGCGGUCGCCAUUCUCUGCAACCAUCAACGAUCCGUGCCGCCAGAAGUUUACAAAAAAAAUAUGGAAAAGUUGAAGGAGAAGAUCGACGCGAUACGCGAGCAGAUCAGCGAAGGCGAGCGCAAAGUUAAAGAAGCUCAGCGCGACGCUAAACUCGACAGCGACAAGAAGGAGAAGGAGAAGGAAACGAAGCUCAAGCACCAGCUCGCGGAGCUCGAGAUCGAGAAGAGAAACUCCAACGAGAACAAAACAGAAUCGCUGAACACUUCGAAGCUGGAUUACAACGAUCCCAGGAUCACCGUGGCCUGGUGCAAGAAGUACGACGUGCCCAUCGAGAAGAUCUACACCAAGUCUCAGAUGGAAAGGUUUGGAUGGGCUAUCGUUGAGGCAGGACCGGAUUACCGUUUCUAAUCCUAGACGUUUUGGCGCAAAAAUAAGUUUUUCCACAACCGAACGAAAAGUACAAAUCGCUGGUUUGGUGCAAGGCUAUCCUAAGUACAUUUUCAAUGAAUUUAAGAAAAAAACUUAAAAACAUUUCUAUUUAUUGUAUCUAAAUUGUUUUUAACAUAAUAUCUAUUUAUUUAUUAAUCUUUGAAUGUAAAACCUUCCAAUUUUUAAAAGAAUGACGCAAAAAACAAUUUAGUUACAAUAAUUAGAAAUGUUAAAUAGUGUUUUUCUCCAAUUCCUUGGAAAUGGACUUAGGAUAGUCUUGCACCAAACCAGCGAAAUUUGCUCUUCCAAAAGAAAGCGGAAAGUUCCACUUUUUCGAGGAGCGAGCGUUUUUUUUACUUUGUCGCUCGCCGAGCGACAAAGUAAUCAAAACGCUCGCUUAGUUCCCAUGGAAACCAUAAUAAAGAAAAGUCAGGUGUAUCUGCAACUUUUGACACAAAAUCUUAGGUUAUCAAUAAUUAUUAAUUUUUACCCAAACAUUUUUAUAAAAAUACCGGUUGUAGAAAAUAUUUAUCUUGUGUGUAAUUCGAGCGCAAAGUGACAAAGCCGCUCUCGCGAGAUAGCCAAACUUCUCGCUCAGAGCGACAAUAUAUCACUUUGCGCUCUUAAUAAUAAUUUGUGCAAUUAACAUAAAUAUUAGGGUGUCCGUUAUUUACCAAGUUAGCUGUUUUCACUCGGAUAUCGUUUAAAUUAAUAUUUUAUGUCCUAAAAAUAAUUUUGAAAAAAAAAUGUCCCAUGCCGCUUAACCCUGCCUAAAUAACGAUACUUUUCCCAUUCAUUUAAUUUUUUUUUUACGUUUAUUCAGGAAGAUAUAAUAUAUACAGUAUUAUACAAUAACCUAUAAUAUUUAUAAAAUACUUGCAACAAAAUAUCACAUAUAAAAAAAAUAACAUAUUUCAUGAAUAAAUUUUCCAAAGCAGCAAAGAUGCUGGAACCGGAAAUUUCACAUUUAAAAAUCAAUUUUAUUUAAAUAACAUUAAAUUCUAAAUCGUAAAGAGACUAAAAAACUAAUAAACUAAUAAAGGGGGAAGUUAUUCUACCUGGCAACUGGGGUGAACAAGAUGUUUUAUUUUUCGAUUAAAUAUGUUUAUAGUAGUGCUAUUUUUUAUUGGGUCGGGUAACUUAUUGUAGGUUUUUAUGCAAUUUAUUAUGGGGUUAUUUAGGGCUACGUUUGUUCUUGUAUUUAAUAUUGCAAAAUUUUCAUUACUUCUUGUAUUCUGAUCAUGAAUAGUAUUAACUAAUUUUAAAUCUGUAUUGCAUUUAUGUCCAUUUUUAAUUAUCUUGUAAAUGAAUUUACCUUGUUCAAUUUUUAGGAUCUGUGAAAUUUUUAAGAGGCCUGUUUUUUUUUAAUAAAUUAUUAAUAUGGAGUUUUG